AUUACACGACGUAUCGACGAUACAGAAAAUCAACAUCAGUCUCUAAACCGGCGUGACAGAUAUUUGUCUACGAUCAUUGAUAAGUUUUGGCUACGAUGGAGGGAGGACUAUCUCCUAGCCUUGAGAGAGAACCACAAUCUAUCGGUAAAGAAGAAAUCUAUUGCACCUAUUGCUAUUGGAGAUAUGGUGAUAAUACAAGGCGAAGGAAUUAAGAUUCCAAGAUCAAUUUGGAAACUUGGCAGAGUCGAAAGUCUGCGCAAGAGCAACGAUGGAAGGGUUCGAGAAGCUGUUGUCAAGAUUGCAAGGGAAGACGGGUUACGAUGUUACGACAGACCUAUUAAAAAGUUGUAUCCCUUGGAGGUGAAUUACGAGUCUAACGAAACCGAAUCUACAACCGAUCAAGAGUCUGAGAUUGUGCCUGUUCGAAGAUCAACGAGAACUGCAGCAGUUGUGGGAAAUCACCGCAGACAAUUAAUUGACCAGUGGAAAAAAUGA